AUGGGAUCCGGGGUCGUUCAUUGUUCUAAGAGUUUGGAAAGCAUACUUCAGGUUUCAGUACCGCAUCCACUUUCUUCUUCUUCUUCGAAAUCAUCGCAUUCAAUUUCUUUUCCUUCGCUGACAAAACCCAGUGGAAGCAGUGGAGCUUUGGCUGAUGGGUUCGUUCAUCGUUUGGUCUCUUCUGGGUCGAGUAGUUUGAAAGGUCGUAACUCGAAGCAACGUUGUAGGGCCAAUUUUGAUGAUUUCUCCUACGAAGAAUUAUCGAAGCAGAUUGAAGAUUUGGCACAAAAUUUCAACCUUUCUGAAGAAGAUGAUGAGGAAAGUGAAGAGGAACCGCCUUUGGUUGUAUCGAAAAUCUCGAAAACGUCUCCGGUUUCCAUGUUCCCAGAAGGUGAAAACAGCAAAUCUAAUGGCUUUUCAUUGCAAUCUUCGAGCUUGAAGCUCAAUGCUUUAGAACCUUCUCUUCUUGGUAUUCAUCCAGAGCCACCAGACUGGCCAGAAAGAAAUGAAAUUGUCAGAGCCACCAUUGAAAGAAAGGCCAACAGCCUUGAGUUUCCUAUGUCCCUUAGGUUAAUAAAGAAGAAGCAUCGCCAAUGGGAAGGGAGCCCCAGAGGAGAAGCAGGGGAGUUUACUUCUUGCUCUUUGAACAAGGCAUUCUCUUCCAUGGUGUUCAUCGUACGCGAACUUCAUAGCAGCGCUUUAAGUAUAAGGGAAAGUCUUUACUCUGAAGACUUGCAAGAGAUCGUAGCUAAGGUGCAGAAGAGAGAAAUGAACAUGUCAUUUGUGUGGUUGUUUCAGCAGGUUUUCUCGAAAUCACCGACUCUCAUGGUCUAUGUGAUGGUCUUGCUAGCAAAUUUCACAGUGUACUCGAUGAAUAAUAAUGCUGCUGUUGCAGCUAUACCUUUGCCAGUUAUCACCGAGAUUUUGACUGUGACUGAGAAAAAGGAACAGCCCAAUUCAAAAUCCGAUGAUGCUUCCGAAGCUGACAUAUUUUCUGUGACUGAUUCUAAUGGAGUUGUGAAAAGGACCUCGAAUGAAGGCGUAAAUGGUGAUGGUGGUGACAAAGUGAGCCCAACAAGUUCAAUCAAGAAUGCCAUUGUUGAUCCUGAAAAGAUGUAUGGUAUUUCGUUGUUCAAUCAUGAGGAGUUCACAACCGAGGAGGAGGUGAAAUUGUGGAACUCUGUGGUGGAGGAAGCUUCAAGGAUGCAAGCAGAAUUGAGGGAUGAGGCCCUUGAUCAUGAAACCCUGCAACAAUUUGUGUCGCCGGUGACGGUGAAUGUCGAACCAGAUUAUUAUGACGAAUACUUUAGAACUGAUGUUUUGUACCAGAUAGGUUUAGCUAAGGAGCCCGAUAAUGCACUCCUACUCUCCAACUAUGCACAGUUCCUCUAUGUCGUGAUGCGUGAUCAUGAUAGGGCUGAGCAGUGCUUCAGGCGCGCCGUGCAAGGGGAGAAACCAGAUGCCGAGGCCGUGAGUCGAUAUGCAGACUUCUUGUGGAUAGUAAGGAAAGACCUCUGGGGUGCAGAAGAGAGAUACCAGCAAGCAAUGGCAACUGAACCCUGCAACCCCUACUAUGCCUCCAAGUAUGCCAACUUCCUCUGGAGCACUGGCGGCGAAGACACCUGCUUCCCCCUCGAUACAUCCUAUGAUAACUACAACCAAGUUUUGUAA